CUAUUGUCGUUUCAGGUCAUGACCAUGAAAUGUGUAAACGUUUACCUAAUAUAAUAUCAGGACCCUCUCUAGAUCUCGCUGAUUGGGACUGGGGUACGGAAAUACCCCCCAACCCGUGCAAGGUUUACGACAAACAAGACAGCUACAUCUUGUGGGCAACAGGCGAACUAAAUCAACAACUGGAACGGCUUAAGUCUUAUUACAACGCGUGGAACGCCCGAGGUCGAUUCCUCGUGGUUUUGGAGAGAACGGGCGAGUUGCCGAUGAUCCUGGAGGAACUGAGACAGUGGAAGAUCCUGAAUGUCGUGGUGCUGACUCCGUCGAGCAGCGAACAGGACGCGUUCGAACUGUACUCGUGGUUUCCGUAUCAGAAACCGUCGGGCGAAUGUGGAAAACUGCGUGAAGCAGUUCUGGUAGACAAAUGUAUCGCCAAAAGAGAAUAUUUACUGCGAAAUGCCUCUCUAUUCUCCGCGGAAUUUCCAAACGACUUGGGCGGUUGCCCCAUAACUGUUUCUACCUUCCCACUAGACCCCCACGUGAUGAUAGGUAGCAACAAGGACGAGGGUACAGACGAAAAUGGCGUCAGAUACACCGAGGGAUUGGACAUACGCCUCAUUAAUUUCAUGGCAAAGAGUCUGAACGCGUCUGUGAGGUUCCUGCCGCCACCACCUGGAGACUGGUCCGAUUUCGACGAACGUAACUACUCCUGGAGAGGAAUAGUGGGUGACCUCAUCUUCCGAAGGGCUGACAUCGGAAUGUGCGGAACGUCGUACGCCUUCUCGUUUAUAAGAGACCUGGACCUGACAGUUUCCUACGACGUCCUGGAGGCCGUCUGGGUCGUACCACGAGCUAAAGUCCGUCCUCGUUGGAGCAGCAUUACCAGAGUGUUCCGUCUGCCGAUGUGGUUACUCCUGAUGGCCGUCAUGAUCGUGGCUUCUGUGACCAUGAUUUGCCUGUCCAAAUACCAGGCGAAUUAUGAAGAAGAACGGUCCGAGUACACAACUCUGUCCGACUGCCUGUCCAGUGCCUGGGCGGCCAUGAUGGGAGUUGCCGUUGCUAGGCAACCACGCACCGGACCAAUGAGGUUCUUCUUCAUCGCGUGGGUCAUAUACAGUCUCGCAGUGAGCACAGUGUUUCAAACGUUCGUGUCCAGCUUUCUGGUGGAUCCUGGGUUGGAGAAACAGAUCGCAAAUGUGGAGGACAUACUUAGUUCCGGAAUCCGUUACGGCCUGCAUAAAACAUUCCAGUCCUUUUUGUACGACCUCCCGGGAAACCAAAGAGAUGUGAUGAUGAACCACACGGAAACGUGCGUUAAAGUCGAAGAGUGCGCGCUGAGAGUAGCUGACCAAGGAAAUUACGCAACCAUUUUGGCCAGCAUCACCGCCGAGUAUCUGAACACGUACAAAACCCUGGACAGCACCGGCGUCGGAAAACUCUACAUGUUGGAUGAAGCCAAACUCUGGACAAAUUUCCAAGUAUUUAUUCUUCCGAGAGGCAGCGAAUUUCUGGGGACUUUCAACCGCCUUCUAAGCGUAGCAAAAGAAUCUGGGUUAGUAACGCACUUCUGGAAGGAAAUGCUCACAACAGCCACGAUCAAAGGCGGAUCCAUCCGAACGCAACCAGCAGUGGACGACUACGCAGUGUUCACGCUGACGUAUCUUCAGAGCGCCUUCUAUCUCCUGGUUCUGGGGCACUGCAUCGCCCUCUGCAUGUUUUUGGCGGAGUUAAUGCAUCGCAAAUGGCGGACGAUAAGACGUCACAAAAUGGCGGACAGGAAGCGGGGGCAUGGACUGAGAAGACCAAGGAUCGCACGGCGAUGAAUACGUCGAUGUUCGCCUUCUUGGUAAAGACGAAGGAAUUGUCUCCUUGCAAGUACACAUCUUCAACACAAGUGGCGACGCAUCAGGACAUACACCGACAAAAAUGAAUAGUACUGUCAUCUAUGAAAAUAUUCAGAAAACUUCCGAACAAAUGCCGUACAAACACCGACAAAACAUACUCUGCCACCUGUCGGUAGCAAGAGAAGUUAUAUAAUAAUUGUAUUGCAUUAAAAAAAAAACACCUCGCGGCUACAUAAAACUGAAUUCAAGUGCCAUCUACUAGCAA